AUGGAAGAAGAUUAUUUUGCCGCGCGCAAUAUCGCAGACCUUCCUAGGCACCUCUCCUCCUGGAAACGUGACGCAUUCGAGAGGACCUGCGCGAACAUGAGAGAUCUCAACUAUCACACUUGGGGAUUCGUCAUUUAUCGUUGUACCUACGAUGAUGAAGAUCUGUGGGUUCGCUACCUCGCGCAGCUCAAGGACUUUGCACAUGGGUAUCUCGUCAAGACUCGCCGAGCUGAGCUGUUAGAACAGUACCUCGAUUUUCAUGUUAUUGAAGAUCGGGCCACCCUUGAGAAUGCCUCGAGACAGGACACUAGGCAUCAUUUCAAUCAAUGGACUUCGAACCAGAACGUUCCCGCCGGCGACGGCUUCUUCUGGAGCAAAACCGGGGCAGAGUUACCCCGUUUCCGCUUCUUUUUAUACGUCGACAAGCAAUGUCUCGCCACUGUUGUUCAAUUCCAAAACGCAGACAAUGGCCAUCCUUACUUCCGACCGUUACUUCCCCCGAUGGUUGUCACUGUUGUUGAUGGUUCCUGGACGCCAGACACCGUGCAGAGCUACGAGCCUCAGAAUGAAGACGGAUAUCCUGAGCUUGAUGGCAGUUCGAAGAGAUACGUCGGCUUCGAGUACCAUAAUGCAUAUUACGCCACUGCUUUGUACGAGACCCUUCAUGGAAAUGGGCUUGUUGACUACGGAUCUUACACGCGGCCGCCGGCGAUAGGGCCCGAUGCGGUAAAUACAAUGUCUUGA